CGGCGCCCUCCGGCCCAUCUACCGCUGGGGUCGCGAUGGGGCAUGUGUGCUCAAAGGUCUGCGUCCGCACUUCCUGGUAGCCUAGAGCAGAGCAGCUGCGGGGUUCCCGGGCUGUGCUCGUCGCCCACGCCCGUCCCUGGUCACCUGGGGCCGGGCGCAGCAGGUGUCGGAGCAGCGACCUCCUUGUGUCUGCUCCGGUGCGCAGCGCUGGGGAAGCGGAGCGCGAGCCGGGAGCCGCCGCGCCUCCGGUGGCCUCGAGAAGUGGCAGCAUUCUGGAGGCAACCACGAGGAGGACCCAGCCUGCAGAGGAAGUUUCAGCGGGGAGGAGACACUUACUUCACCCCAGCUUGUGCAAAUGACUUGGCCUGUAAGACCAGAGUUGUGUUUCUAGAAUAGAAUUACUGGGAAUUGCAGAGCUUAUUCACAUGGUGUUUUGGUAUGCCAAGAACCAAAAGUAAGUUAAUUGAAGGCAGUAAAACUGAAGCAAAAUAGGAAGAUCAUCAGCUAAGAAAGGCCUAUGGGAGAAAGCAGAGGAUGAAAAAUAAAGCACUGUUUCAUUGGAGCAACAGGCCUUUGAAAUUUAACUAAAAAAAAAAAAAUGACUAUUCUUACUUCAGAGAACUGCUCUUUUCAGUACCAGCUACAUCAAACAAAUCAGCCCUUAGAUGGUAACACUCUGUUAUUCUUGAUUGUACUUGGGAAAAUAUUACUAAAUAUCCUCACACUAGGAAUGAGAAGAAAAAACACCAGUCAGAAUUUUAUGGCAUAUUUUUGCAUUUCACUAGCAUUCACUGAUCUUUUACUUUUAGUGACUGUUUCCAUUAUAUCCUAUUUCAGGGAUUUUGUGCUUUUAGGCAUUAGGUUUACUAAAUACCACAUCUGCCUGUUUACUCAAAUUAUUUCUUUUACUUAUGGCUUCUUGCACUAUCCAGUUUUCCUGAUAGCUUGUCUAGAUUAUUACUUGACUUUUUCUAAAACCACCAAGCUUCCAUUUAAGUGUCAAAAAUUAUUUUAUUUCUUUACAGUUAUUUUAAUUUGGAUUUCCAUCCUUGCUUAUGUUUUGGGAGAUCCUGCUAUCUACCAGAGCCUGAAGGCACAGAAUGUUUAUUCUUAUCAAUGUCCAUUCUACAUUAGCAUUCAGAGUUACUGGCUGUCAUUUUCCAUGGUGAUGAUUUUGUUUAUUGCUUUUAUAACCUCUUGGUCAAAAGUUAUUAGCUUGGUACAGGCUAUUAGGAUAACUUCCUAUAUGAAUGAGACAAUCCUGUAUUUUCCCUUUUCAUCCCACUCUAGUUAUACUCUAAGCUCUAAAAAAGCACUUUUGCCCAAGUUUAUUAUCUGUUUUCUUGGUACCUGGUUACCAUUUGUACUACUUCAAGUAAUUAUCCUUUUACUUAAAGUACAGAUUCCAGCAUACAUUGAAAUGAACAUUCCAUGGUUGUACUUUGUCAAUAGUUUUCUCAUUGCUAUAGUUUAUUGGUUUAAUUGUCACAAACUUAAUUUUAGACACAUGGCGUUACCUGUGGAUCCAUUUGUCAACUGGAAAUGCUGCUUCAUUCCACUUACACUUCAUAAUCUGGAGCAAACUGAAAAGUCUCUAUCAAUAAUAACUUGCUGAUAUGUUGCCAUGUUAACACUAAAAUUUAUAGCUAUGAGAAUCAUAAUUUCACAAACAGGAAAGAAUGAUUGGGACAUAUAAAGAAUGAACUGAACUGAAUUUUCCCCCAUCCUCCCCCAAACUUCUGUAUCUUUUAAUGUGUUUUUGGGGGGCUAUGAGAUUAUUUAUUAGGUGUUUGUUUUUAAAUAAAAUACUUGCAAGAAAAAAAAAAUUAUACUGGUUGGCCAUACUGAUGUUUGUGUUACCCAGAAAACUAUUGGAUACAGAUUGCUAUGUAAAUCUGAGACUGACCACCAACUUUUCAGAUAUGAGCUUAAAUAAAGAUUUUUAUUAAACUCAGAACAAGAAAAUGAUUUGGUGUAAAUAUUCUUUAACAUAAGAAGAAAGAUGAAUUCAGUUUAAGUGAUUUUUAAAAAUAUAACUCUGUUCUUAAUACAUAUAUUCCUGAAAGAAAAGCUUCAGUUGCUCACCCUACAGAAUUGGAAGUAGUGACUAGGUCUCUUCCAUGACAACCCAGAUUUAUUUUCAUAAUUGAAACUUAUCUGUUCUAUAUUUGCGUGUCCAACAACUAUCUCACUGGCAGUAUAUUUACAACAUGAAAGUAGAGUUUCUUAUGCUCAGCACUAUUGACAUUUCAGGUUGAAUAAUCUUUUGUUAUGGGAGCUGCCCUGUGUACCGUAGGAUGUUUAGGAGCAUCUCUGCCCUCUAGCCACUAGGUGCCAGCAGAACCUCAUUCCCUCUCCAGUCAUUAUAAUCAAAAUGUCUCCAGAAAUUGCCAGGCUUCCCUCAGUUGGCAAAAUUGUUCUCAGUUGAGAACUACUGAAGUGAAGCAAUCUGAAUGGCUGAAUAAUCUGAAAUCACUCUGUGGGUUAAACCACAUAGAUAUUAUCUAAUUUGUUAGUGUCUAAACCUGUUCUACUUCUGUGUUACUUUCCUUCUGAAUGUAUUGCUUUUUAAUUGGCCAUACAUGGGAAUGAAGUAUUUAAAAAUGUAUUUUACUUAAUUAGUAAAGACUUGUAGGAGUUCCCAUCGUGGCACAGUGGUUAACGAAUCUGACCAGGAACCAUGAGAUUGCGGAUUUGAUCCCUGGCCUUGCUCAAUGGGUUAAGGAUCUGGCAUUGCCAUGAGCUGUGAUGCAGGUCGCAGACGUGGCUCAGAUCCCGUGUGGCUGUGGCUGUGGUGUAGGCCGGUGGCUACAGCUCCGAUUAGACCCCUAGCCUGGGAACCUUCACAUGCCACGGGAGUGGCCCUAGAAAAGGCAAAAAGACCAAAAAAACAAAAACAAAAACAAAAAAGACUUCUACCUUCUUCAGAUUUUAAAUGUGAAAAGUAAAUAACUAUUUCAAGCCUCUCAUUAAGCUAUUUGUUUACUUAGAGGAUUCCCCAUCCCUCCAUAAACUUAAAAAUAGAAAGAAAUUAUUCAAAAGACCAGCCAAAUGGAAGAGGCUUUUAUUUUUUAAAGAAAUGAACUUACAACUGGUCUACAAUAUAUUAUUGUAAUAUAAACAAUAUAAAUAAAUGAUCCUGUAGGCCCACUAACCUUCCAUCCAGACCCACAUGAAGCAAUGUUACAACAAUAUUCUGUGUGAAAAUGUGCAGGUAACAAAGGUGCAAUUACAAGCAAGUUUAAGCAGCAGAGUAUAAGGUGCUUUAAUUUAACAGUUAAUGUUGCCAUCAACAAACAUUUGAAUGUUCAAUUUUACUUCACUGAAUACAGACACAACAAAUAUGAAAAUUUAAAAUUCAUACACAUGCUACUUGUUAAUAUGAAAGUGCUUUCUCUUUUUUAAAAAAAUACACCAAAUGGACAAUCUUUUUACAUAGAUCAUGGUGUGCUCUUAAAAUGCAAAAUUAACUUCAUUUUCAGGUUAUACAUUUUAAAACUGUAGCUACAGACACCAAUCUAGGAAUGCUAAUGCUAAGGGUGCUAAACUAUUCCAUUGCCUGUAAGGAGGACUCUAGUACAAUAUCCAACAUAAAGAAUACACCUAUAUAUAUAAUCUUAAUAUUUGUUUUUUGUAAAGAUAAAAAAUGUUUUCUUUCCCCUUGGUGAUGCUUAGUUCAUCCUGGGUGGAUCAGUGUUUGAGGUUUUAAUAAUAUGAAAGUCCUAUUUAGGAUAGUGGGAGGAACCAAACGGAGGAAUUUUUAAAAAAUCAGUUAACCAUGUGCUUGAAGCAUCAAAAAAAUUUUUAACAGUUUAUCACAAUUUGCUUUUGUUAAAUCAACAACAGAGAAUGUUUCUGACAAGCAAGAACACAAAAAGCACUAAUUCAACAAAGAGGCCUGAAAUGCCUGCACACUGCUGCCUAAAACUCCAAACCUUUACCACAAGAUCACCCCUUACUUCAAGGAUAGUCUCUGGAGCUUAAUUUGGCCUUUCCUAUGGGGAAAACAAAAAUCCAAGCUUUUGAAUGAGGCAAUUAGGAAUCUAGUUAAAUGUCUUGGAAAUUAGACGUCCAAAAUUAUACCAUCUUUGCCCAUUCCCAGUGAUUUUUUAAAAUUUAAGAAUACACAUAUAAAAAGUAUGUAAUAUUUUUACAGCAUAAAAUAUCUGAAAAACUAAGUGAAUUAAAAUAGUUUCAAAGUUUUAACCAGUACCAUGGGAAAAUUAUUUUAAACCCAGAUUAUCUGGUUACUUGGAUGUUAGUGUUCCUGUUUACAAACACUUUAAUACAGAUUCUAAUCUAAGACUUAUUUGUACAUUUUCCUGCUUUAAAAGGUUGUGAUUAUGAUGCAUUAAAGAUCUUUUAAAUAUAUUUUCAUUUUGUAUCUUUGUGGAGAAUGUCAGUAUGGAGUGACAUUAAUAUGUAAAGCUGCCUCAGUGGGAAUUACAAUGUAAUUCACAGACUCCCGGGGUGGCAAGGGACCUCCUAUCUAGUUAAUCCAUUCUCCCACUCUGUGUUUACUCUCCAAAUACCUGUCAAUUGAAGCUACAACCAUGGAACUGUUUUACUGUUUACCAGUUCUGCAUUUUAAAGGAAAAACCCUUUUACUCUGUAAUAUAAGUGUGCUUUCUAAAAAGUAAAUACUUUUAAUGAUAGUCAAAGUUUAUGCAAUCUUCCUUGCUUUAAAAAGAAACAAAAAACCAAAAUAAAAACCAAACCUGCUCAGCAAGAUCCUUUGAUAUUUUUCAGUUUUUGAAAGUUACUGCACUGUUACUACUGGAUAUAAAGCUUUCAGAGUUCAAAAUGUAUAUAGUAUGUCAGCAUCAGCUCCUUUGUAUUGUUCACACCCUGCAUGGCAACACCUCUGGAAUAGAUUCAAGUGUCCAAAUAAUUCUGAGAAAUACGGGCUGUCACAACAGUUUCAAAAUGUAAAUCCUAAUGUUAGGUAGGUACCUUUAAUUUUGUAAACUAAUCAGGUAUAUGGUGAUGGAUUAGUAAGUGGAAAUGUGUUAUAGGAAUUGUCAUAUGAUUCAUUCACUCAGACCCAUUAGAUAUCAUCUAGCCUAAUCCUUUACCCAAUGCAUAAAAAUCCCCUCUCAGUUCCAACUUUACAUUCAGUACAUUAUGUAAUAAUAAUUAUGUACAUGUUUCUUUAAAUCACAAUCAAAAAUGGAGGAUUAUGUUUACUUAUUACUAGUUCCUUAAGUCAGGUAUACCACACACUGCAUAGUAAGUGUUCAAAUGGUUUGCUAAAUGAAUAGAUAAAUGCAUGAAUAACAAUAUUCAGAUGAGUUCAUAUGUCCAGUGGUUUAGCAAGAAGCAUUUAGAAAGAAAAAUAUCCUCCUUUGCUGUCUAUGUGAAAUUUCUAUCUUUAUCCUUAGGAGAACAAAGACUGUGGGUGACCCAGGAAGUAGAUGCUUCAUAAAUAAUGAUCUCUUAGCAAAAGCUCUUAAAUAUAAAAUGAAUCAUUAAAAAAGGAAAUUAAGAGACUUAAGAGAAUUAAGUGGGAGCAACUUUAAAAAAUAC